AUGAACGAUAUGAUUGCGUCCACCUUCGGACGGCAAAACUUUCUUUAUUGCAAUGAGUCUGCUCGUGAAGUGCAUGAGAGCUUGGAGCGGGGCAUCUCGCAGCAAAAUAUUGUCACAUUGGAUAUCUCUCGCUUCAUGGGCGCAACUGCCCUUGAUGUGGGCUGCGGCUUCGGUCGGUGGACUGCCAUGCUGCAGCACAUUGGUGCCAAAGUCACUUCAGUUGAUGCGUCGCCACAUGCUGUCAUAUCCACGCGGCGCUUCAACCCAGACACUCACCAGAUGACGCUCUUUGAGCUUCCUACCCUGGAGAAUUUUGAGGCAGGCUUCGACACGGUGAUUUGCUGGGGUGUGCUUCACCACACCCAUGACCCAUACAAAGGUUUCAAGAUCGUGGCUUCUGCCCUUCGAGAAGGUGGUUUUCUAUUUAUACAGGUGUACAAUGACCGGGCGAAGGCAGGCUUUCACUACACGCUGUCGAAGGGCCCCAAGGUGCAGAGCGUCCUGGUCGACUUUGUGAAGAAACAAUGGCUCCGCACCUUGAAGCGAGACAUCGACGCCCUACGAUUCGACUAUCCCCAAUGGGGCUUGACAUUGCAGGCUCGCUUUGUGCACCGCGAAGUCAUUUGGGACGCUGUCUUCAAGUCUCCAAAUAGCUCCCUCAGUUCCAACGGUACCAAUGUUCUGGCGCAAGAGCGCAUCAACCGGAUUUUGGAGAUAGUGAAAGGGGAGAAGCUUGCCAAGAGCGGGCCAAAGCCAAAAUCCAAGGGACAGCAGGAGAAGGGUCGAAAAACAGGCCGUGGCAAGCAAGACGAAAGCAUGGAUCUUGAACACGCACCAAGCGCUGCCAAUGCCAAGGUAUGGAUGAGGAAAUCUGACGCAAAAGUACCGGCGACUUCGUCCUUGAAUGCACAUGCGCCAGAGUUCACUCCCCAACGUCUUCCAGGAGACUCAGCCUUCCCGGACGGACAUGGUGGCCACGACCAUUGGACAUGGAAGCAAGAACGGUCAGCCUGGGACAUGUCUGUGCACAGCCAGUUUCCAGAGGUCGUGCCUGGAGUGCGAGAAGGGGAGUUUCUCGGGUUGCAGUGUAUUGCAGAGAUGGGUGAAUGGAUGGUUCUUCGAGAGACAAAGGCAAAUGCAAGGCCUUUCUUCUGGAAUAUUUCCACAGAAGCAAAGUCCUGGGAAGCACCGGUGAUACUCCAAGAGCUUGGGGUUGCUGAAGUGCUCCAGAAAUGGUCUGAAGAUUUGGAUGCGUUUGGUAUUGAGCCAAGCCCAGCUCUACGCAAUCCACGCCUUCGGCGAAAGGAUCGGAGACUUCGGGACGAUGCGGUGCUUUCCGUGCCGCCAGGCUUUGCAUAA